AUGGCCGGCGAGAACUUCAUCAACAACCCUCGGGACUGGGGCCACGUCAAGUCGCCCUUCUUCAAGCUUCCCCCCGAGAUUCGCAACAAGAUCUACCGCGAGACCUUCACUGCCUCCGAGGUCGCCCUGGUCAUCGAUCCCCCGCUUUACGUCAACGUUGUUCCUGUCACCGGCCGUCGCAGCAUCUUCAGCACCGCCAACUCCAACCACCACUUCCUGCUCACCUGUGUUCAAGUCUACCUUGAGGCCCUCGCCCUGUACUGGUCCACCACUGUCGUCCGCAACGGUUGCGAGGGUCACUUCUCCCGAAGCUACUUCCUGAACCGAAUCCCUGCCAUCGCCAAGCCCUACAUCCAGCACCUGCGGGAUGUCAACGGCGCGCCGAGCCGCGGACCCAAGUGGCUGCGGGGCGAGAUAAUCCGAUGGUCUUCGUCCCUGGCCCAGUCUUUUGACGAGUUUCCGAACCUGAAGUCCUGCUUGAUCAAGGACUGGAGACGGGGACCAUCGCGGAACCUGUCAGUCCCGUACGAAAUCGACGAUGCUGUAGCCAGACACCCGAAUGUUCACAUCAUCGAGACGGAGAUCACCUGGGAGACGGACCCCCCGGGCCCAUUUAUGGGGCCGAUCCGCCGAUACGCAUCCGGGUAUCCAGUGCUGGUCAGACAGUACAUCUUUCUGAACCGCACCACUGGCAGAAUGAUUAAGUGGGUCCAAGACCGAGGAUUCCAACGGUUCUCUGACGAGGAGUGCGUCGAGAUGCUCAUGGAUCCCGAGCCCAGCAAGCUCGCACAGCAGUUGAUCACUUAG